AUGACGAGGAUUUUCUGGGAUACAAUUUUUCUCAUAAGCGGUUCUCUCUUUACAUUCGGAGCGGGGCCGAGCAACACGGCAAUCGAGGCUCGCGUUGCCAUCGACACAAACUCCACCGCUGCUCCAAACAGCUCCACAGGCAGCUCUGCAGCAACCAGCAGCACCAGCACCACGACGAUCCCAACCACGACCGACAUCGGCACAGUGAACGAAACAGUCAUCAACGCUGGAAUUCCCAUUGAAACAAAUUUUUCCUUGGCUCCGAACACAUCAACCACUGGCAACAUAAGUACCUCCGCGACAACUGCCACACCGACUACCACAACUAGCGUCCCUCCUGUUAAAAAGUUUGUGGCGGCCGCUGUUCAUUCUCAUUUCGACGACUGUCCAGACUCCCACCGCCAUUUCUGCUUCCACGGUACAUGUCGCUUCCUGAUACUGGAGGAGACGCCAGCAUGUGUGUGCCAUCAGGGUUUUGUCGGGAUGAGGUGUGAGCACGCCGACCUGCUCGCUGUCGUGGCAACAAACCAGAGACAACAAACCGUUGCCACAGUGCUUGUGUUGUGUGUCAUUGGGUGUGUUCGUCAUGGUGUUGUGUACACUUUUACAUUGCUGGUGGAGACAGGAGUGUCGGAGGCUGAGCCACGCACGUCACUACGUCUCAGAGAAGCACGCAGCAUCCGGCUAUCCAUCGGAGAGUGGUACUGUCACUUAGUUCUCCUGUUUAAAAACCUGAAGAAAGUGCAUUUCUAA